AGGUGCGCAAAUGGACGUGCAACCAAUACUUAUUUAUUAACUUGUUUUAAGGCGAUUUACCGUGGAUUUCACAGGCAGCGGUCAUCAUGGGCGACGUGGACAAGUGGAUAGAGGACGUGAAGAAAUGCAAGUACCUGCCGGAGAACGAGCUGAAGAAGCUGUGCGAGAUGGUCUGCGACAUCCUCCUGGAGGAGACGAACAUCCUGCCCGUGAGCACGCCCGUCACCGUCUGCGGUGACAUCCAUGGCCAGUUCUACGAUCUGGAGCAGCUGUUCCGCACUGGAGGCCAGGUGCCGCAUACCAACUACAUAUUCAUGGGCGACUUCGUGGACAGGGGCCACUACUCGCUGGAGACAUUCACCAGACUGCUCACGCUGAAGGCGCGCUAUCCCAGCCGAAUCACCCUGCUGCGCGGCAACCACGAGACGCGGCAGAUCACCAAGGUGUACGGAUUCUUUGACGAGUGCUUCAGCAAGUACGGCAAUGCCAAUGGCUGGAAGUACUGCUGCAAGGUCUUCGAUUUGCUCACCAUCGCUGCCAUCAUCGACGAGGAGGUGCUGUGCGUGCACGGUGGCCUGAGUCCCGAGAUCAUUACCCUGGACCAGAUCAGGACAAUCGAUCGCAACGGCGAGAUACCGUACAAGGGUGCCUUCUGCGAUCUGGUGUGGUCCGAUCCCGAGGACAUGGAGUACUGGGGCCAGAGUCCGCGCGGCGCGGGCUGGCUGUUUGGCCACAAUGUGACCAAGGACUUUAUGGCGAUCAAUAAUCUGAACCUGAUAUGCCGAGCACAUCAGCUGGUCAACGAGGGCAUCAAGUACAUGUUCGAGGGCAAACUGGUGACCGUGUGGUCGGCGCCAAACUAUUGCUAUCGCUGCGGCAACGUGGCCGCCAUUCUCAGCUUCGAAACGGCGGAGAAGCGGCAGACGAAGAUCUUCCUGGCGGUUCCGGACGCGGAGCGUGUGAUACCCAAGGAGAACACAACGCCCUACUUCCUGUAAAACGUUCUGAUGUGAGGCGAUGUGAUCUGAUGCAACGCAAUACCAUACCACAUACCAUACCACAUACCGAUCCAAUACGAUCCGCCCACUGUUCCGGCAUCGUGGCUAGUAAUCAAUCAUAUACGCUUGUGGAGAGCAGAGCGGAGUGCAGCCUUCGGCUGACUGAUCCGUUUCAUUUGACCACCCUUGAAACUCAACGCCUUCAACUCAAAACGUGCGCAACCAGCACCAAGCAUAGCAAACACUCAGAACAGCAAACGCAAACACACACACACGUGUAACUUGUAAUUUUCGCCUUUUUUUUGUACGGCAAAAACACAUAUCUAAUUCUUAAGAGCACAGUUUAAAAACUUUGUUAUUAGUUUCCGGAAAGUCCAAAGAGAGCGGAGCACGUGAAUUGAUUUCUUUAAGUUGUAUAUCCAAGUAUUGUAUUUACUGAUAACGGAUGCUAAUGGAAGCAAGAAUUAUAUAGAGAUUCAGUUUAUUUUGUAUUCCAAACCUACAUAUUUAUUUCUGUGAACAAACACACAAAUCAUAUACUUUGUACAUUUUGUAUUUGUAAUGCUUUGAAGGAAAUAAGCAAGAAUAACUAAGAAUAACCCAAUUGUGUGAUCCCGAUCAAAACGAUAUGAUUAAAACAAAAAAGACAAUUCAAAA